GAGCGAGGUUUUAUUUGGAACCCCGCCCAUUCUGCUCGGUACAAACUGCGGAGCAUCAGAGUCACGCGUAACAAUACCACUGCUAAGUGGCUGUCUGCUUCUGUAAUAUCGAAAUUUAUUCUCUCUGUGAGCGACCUCCAUUUGAAAAUUAUGGCGGAGAGCGACUGGGACACGGUGACUGUGUUGAGGAAGAAAGGGCCGUCUUCAGCGCAGGCCAAAUCCAAACAGGCUAUUGCGGCUGCCCAGAGACGUGGAGAGGAGGUGGAGACUACCAAGAAAUGGGCAGCAGGACAGAAUAAACAGCAUCUGGUGACUAAGAACACGGCUAAACUGGACCGCGAGACAGAAGAAUUACACCAUGACCGAGUGCCACUGGAGGUGGGAAAGGUCAUCCAGAAAGGCCGCCAAGAUAAAGGAAUGACUCAGAAAGACCUGGCUACUAAGAUCAAUGAGAAGCCGCAGAUCAUCGCUGAUUAUGAAUGUGGAAAAGCGAUCCCCAGCAACCAGAUUAUGGGCAAGAUCGAGAGAACACUUGGAUUGAAGUUGCGUGGGAAAGAUAUUGGACAGCCCUUGGAGCCUAAAACCAAGAAGAAAUGAGGACAAAGCCUCGAAAUCAGCCCCUCCCUAACCCCCCCUCCCUCCCGCCUCAUUCUUCAUACCCCUGCACCACACUAAAAAUAGUUGCGUCUUUCAUGCAAGCUUAGAUAUUCAGAGUGCCGCGUCUACAACGGCCGAUUUGCAAUAUUAAACAAGUACACUGCCACCUAGUAUGUUUCCAAGAGACUAUAAUAGUGUGAGAGACAUAAUUCAGCUUUAACUGCCUAGAUCUUUAAUCCUUCUGACCACCCUGUGCUCUUCCUCAUCCCCCACCCUCCCCCUCCCAUGGGCUGAUCUCACUGACGUCCUGCUGUUGGGCUCGGUGCUUCACUGCAUGCACAAGCUGCAUUACAAUACCAACACCUUUACAAUAACAAAGGACAACUAUGUUGCAAGACUUAAUAAAUCCUAAGUGCUGUGAUAAUUUUGAUAAAUGAA